GUUGAUGUUUUCUUUGCAGUCUGUUAAAAUUUACUUAAAUAAUUGUGGGUUCAAUAUCGUUUGUGUUGAAAAUACAUCCGUAUAGAUCUGCCACUGCUGUAUUCAUGGACGACUGUUUCGAUUUGUUAUAUUUUAGAUUUUAGAUAUAAAAUAACUGAGAGUAACAGACUGAAAAUAGUCUCGCGCUGUCAUCGAUGAUCGAUAUUUAAAGUGGGGAAAAUUGUAGGCCUACCUCAGUACAGUUGCAUACAUAACGGUUUAUCAGAUUCAGGAAGUUCAGAAACACUCAUAUAAUUUCAAUUUGAAAAGAAGACACAGUAAGCAAACAUGACAGAAAUUGAAGAUAUCCCGAGAGAUGAUAUUAUAAAACAUAACAUAGAGGCUUUCUUACCGUAUAUCUGCGAGUGCGUGAAAGCCACUGAUUUGUUAGUACACCUGCACUACUUUUCUAGAGCACAAAGAAAAGAGAUAUUUAGCUUGUGCGGACAGAAUAAUGUAACUGGCAUGCAAAAAGCCAUGGAAGUUUUGAUGAAUGAUACCGAUGACGAAGGGAGGUUUACCGCCUUCAGAGACGCGAUAGAAGACUGUCGUUACCCAAAGAUUAUUAAAAUGUUAGAUGGUGAAAGUGUCCCAUGUGAUGUAAACUGUCGAAAAGUGAUCGACCUUUUCGCUCAAGAAAUCAUAAGUCGACUAAAUCCAGAGGAUUUACUUCCAAGACUUGUUAGUCAGGGUACUCUCACCGGAAAUGAUGCAGAGGAAGUUCGAGCUGAGGAAAGAAAUCAUGGGAAGAGAAGGGCAUGCUGGGUACUACUGUUCCAUUUGCCAAAUCGAGUAGAGAACUGGUUUAGAGAUUUCAUGGAAGCACUUUUAGAAUGUGAAUACAAUGACAUUGCUGAGAUACUUGACCCCGAUAUGUAUCAGAAAAUAAUGGCACAAAGAAAGGAAGCUUCUAGUAAGGAUUCUGCAACCGUGAUAACAGACGAUAUUAGAGAAAAUGUUCUAGAAGACAACAACUUCGACAGUACACUAGAGAAAGAGAAUUUCGAAGAGCCGGAGAAGGGAAAUUUACUUUGUUCAAAUGACAACGUUGAUAUUCUUACAAAGAAAAUGUCAGACAAAUUUGGAAUAGAGUCGUUGGUGAAUGGGAUAGACAGUAUGACAAUGGAUGAGGGAACUGUAUGUAAACAACUUGUAGACCAAGAUGUAACUGGAGGAACUAUGCGAAACGAAGGCAUUGUAGAUGUUAAUGACGAUUUGACAGAAGUUAAACGUUUAGCACAAGGCUGUAAAGGAGACAAGAGUCAGACUGGUCGACUCAUGCAGUAUACUAGAGAGUUUCUGCUUUCGUGUAAAGAUUCUCCGUUAACAAAAAUAUUUCCAAAGGGUGUUGAGAAAUUACCCGAAUUAUUGGUGCCUAUAACUAUACCAAGACGACCUGACACAGAAAGAUGGAAAAGGGCAAGAGAGGUGUCGCACCAAUUGCAACCUGACGAACCAUUUGGAGUAUCAGGUGAAGAACACACGACGACCACCGAUGUAGUGUACGAUAAUAAUCUGGAAGAUAUAACUGUGGAUAUAGAAGCUGAGACAUUAGAAGAUACAUUUCAGGAGUCACUGAACUUUGACUUUGUACUGACUGGUGAAACUGACACAGGAAAUAACGAAGCUGGUACAGCAGCAGGAGCAAAUAAUAUUACAGAAUUAGUGGACGACGCAUCUGGCACUGUUGCCGACACUAAUAAUGGAUUGGAGAGAAAUACAAGAAACCCUAAUGAAAAUAUAACUGCUGGUAUUAUUUACACAAGACGUGAAGUUCCCAUUCCUGAACGUGGGUUGGCUGAAGGAAACAUGAUAGCAAUGGCAUUUGAUCUGCAAAAUAAUCUUAACAUUGAAGGAGAACAGAGCGAUCAGAGCGAGACUGAAUAUAACAUAACAACAGAUGAGGAUGAAGUUGAAGCUGAAGAUGUGGACAUUCCACUAAGAGAGUAUCAAAAGGAGCUUGCAAAAGAAGGGUCGGAAGGAGAAAAUGUAAUUGUGAUGGCACCAACAAACACUGGAAAAACCAGAGUGGCUUGCAGAAUUAUGCAGGUUCAUUUACGCCGCAAGAGACAAUCUGGAAACAUUGGUAAAGUAAUAUUUCUGGUAGAAAAUGAAGCUUUGGCAUCCCAGCAGGGAAAGGUUUGUGCCGAACUUUUGCCUGCCUAUAGAACGAAGGUGAUAAGUGGAAGUGUUCAAAGAGACAAGAAACAAUACUUACGGGACUUUAUUGAUAGGAGAGACAUUUUGGUGGUAACAGCUCAGGUGUUACUGAACGCUCUCAAGCAGAAGGAAGUUGACAGUAUAACCAGAUUUUCAAUGAUUGUAUUUGACGAAUGUCACCACACGGAUAACUACCAUAGAUUCAAUGAGAUCAUGAGUCGAUACUUGGAUCUAAAAUUAAGAGAAAAUUUAGAUACGGAACAAUUGCCGCAGAUUGUUGGACUGACAGCAUCUCUUGGUGUUGGGGGAAAUACAAAGCACGAUGCUGCGAUGAGUCACAUGAAGAGCUUAUUAGCAAAUCUGGACGCCAAAUUCUUGUGUACUGUGAGGAGAAACAAAGAGGAACUAAGACGACACGAAAACAAUCCUGUAGAGGAAAUAGUUGCGGCCAGAAAGAGAGUAAAUGAUACGUAUCGAAAUGCAAUUUUGCUAAUAAUGGAUAUCAUAGAUGAAUAUAUGAUAGGACACCCAAGUAUGGAAACCAUUCCUCAACGUGAUGCUUUUAUUAGAACAUCUUGCCGUUUGCCAUCUUCCCGAGGCUCAGAGAAAUUUCUCCAGUGGAUCAGUGCUUUCAAAAAGGAUUUAGGACGACUGGGGACUGAUACUGUCCGGAGGAUGAUGAACCCUUGUCGUAUUCAUUUAGAGGUUUAUAAUAAAGCAUUGCUAAUCCAUGCUGAUGCUAGAAUAAAAGAUGCUGAACAAAUCCUUGAGGAUUUUAUGGAAGAGGAAAGAGAAGUCAUUCCGAAAAAUGAAACAGAUGUAAUGCUACUGGAACUGUAUGACAAUCUUAAAAGAAAUAAGUUUACUGAUGAGCCGGAAAACCCUAAGCUGUUGAAGAUGGAGGAAAUUGUAAUGCGUAUCUUUAACCAAAAUGAGGAUGCUCGAGGGAUCAUCUUCGUGAAGACCCGAGAACUGGCACAGGCAUUAGUGAAUUGGAUGAAAGAAACUGAACCAUUAGAUGCAUUAAAUGCUUCAGAAUUUGUAGGACAGGCAGCAGCAAAAGCAGUAGGAGGUAUGACAAAAUGUGGCCAGAAAGACGUUUUGGAUUAUUUCAAAGGCGGGCGUCACAAAAUAAUCAUCGCAACAUCAGUAGCAGAAGAAGGAUUAGACAUAACAAAAUGCAAUCUCGUCAUUAGGUACGAGCAUGUCACUAAUGAAAUUGUACGGCUGCAAUCAAGAGGUCGCGCAAGACAGCAAGACAGCAGAUAUUAUGUUUUGACAGAAGAAGGUUCAUGGAUUGUUGCGAAAGAAGAAAAGAAUGCAUUGCUAGAAAAAGUUAUGAAUAUCAUAGUACCAAAACUACAGGCUUACAUUGAAGAUCAUCCAAACCUUUGGGAAAGAGAGCUGCGAGAAAUGCAAGAGAAACUAAAACUCCAAGAAGAACUUAAACAAGAACAACGUCGAGCUAAUAUGACAAACGCUGAACAAGAAUUCAGAUGUCUUAAUUGCAAUCAUUUUAUUUGCUUUUUAUCUGACAUACGUAAAAUUCAAGGCGCUCAUCAUGUGGUUGUUGAUGAAGAAGUUUCUGAGAGGCUGAUUUCUUUCCGCAAUCCGCAUCCAAGGUUUAUUGAUGAGGAACUGAAAUUCGAUGGUGCUAUAUUUUGUGGAAAUCCCGACUGCCAAAGAGAACUAGGUGGCGUUUGUGAGUACAAACAUGCUGAAUUUCCAUUGCUGAAAAUAAAGAAUUUUAGAGUUGUCAGUAGAAACGGUGUAGGCAAUACUUUCAAGCAAUGGAAGAAGGCAAACUUUGAGGUCGAGCCGUUCACGUUGGAAGAUCUUCGAGAUGUUGUUGAAAGACGAAGAAGGGACAUGUAAAUAAGGCAAAAUAUUAAUAACAGAAUGUAGCGGUACAACUUUAUAAAAACUGCCCUGACUUCAAGACAAAAUUUAUUUUCGUAAAUGUACGAAUUUUUUGGUUAGGAUGAUUUCUUCAUUUUCAUGAUUUAACUGCAUCUUCUGAACAUAAAAAUAGGACCAUAAGUGGUAUAAUCAUGUUAACAUGUAUCAUUAAAGAUAAAUUAUACCGUUUGGUGUGUUAAAUGAUGGUCAAAUUAUACAUACACGUACAGAUGAUCUUGUUAUGGCUAUGUAAUAGUUAAAUAAGAAUAAGGUCGCUUGUAUCUUUCCUUCCAGUAUGUGAGGACUCUUGCAAGCCUUGAUAUUUACAACAUUUAAUUUGCCGGCCAUAUUAAGGUCUUGUUGCUUUUUAUGUAAGAUCGUUAACUGCUUCAGUAUUUUACAAAACGGCGUUCGUUUACAUUUUAAUAUCAGAAACGUUAUUUAAAGUUAAGUCAUUGUUUUCAUUUUUGUAUCAUAUACCAGAUUUCACAUUGGUGAAGAAGGUUCGAGUCAGUCCAUGGCUUUGCAAAUGUAGUAAGUCUAAGAAAUAUUGUUUUUUUUUUCUUUUCUUUAUUUUGCCAGAAAUUGUUUUUGAGACAAUUAGACUGUAGUUUGGAAGUGGAAGUAUUGCAUGCAAAUUCUGUCGAACACAAUUUACUAAUGGUUUAUCACGAUGUAUAUCUGAAUUUGUCCGUCCGCUUAGCUCAAUUGGAAGAGCACAGAUCUAUUGAUUGUUGGGCCGAGUUUGAUUCCCGAGCAAGGCGUAUGUUCUCUGUGACAAUAAGACUUUGUGUCUGAAAUCAUUCAUGUUCCACCUCCUAUUCUUGUAAGGAUGUUGGCAGUUACGUGCAGAGAACAGGUUUGUACUAGUACUGAGUCCAGGAACACAGGUUAGGUUAACUGCCGACCGUUACAUAACCUAAAUACUGUUAAAAACGGCUUUAAAUCAAAUAAUAACAAACAAAGAUAAUCUGAACAUGUUCAGUUGUAAGUUCUAGACUUGUUUGUUUUCUGGCAUAUCUUUGUUUUAAAGUAAAACACAUGACUUCUUUACCAACGAAGUAGAUGUUCCCGUUUAAUUAUACCACGCUUGCUGGUUCUGAUUUUCAUGAAUAUAUCUGUCUAUAUUUUUUAUAACCGCAUGUUUGAGUCAGUUUGUUGUUACUGAACUUAAGUGAUCACCUUAAGCUCUGGAAAUCUGCAUGCAUAGACUCGAAAAAGACGUAGUACUGACAUUUUUUCUAAGAUUUGUUUUGGUAAGUGCAUUUCAUUAACAGUAGGUUAAGUAAAAGUAUUUUACAGUGUCUUUCAUAUAUUUAUUUAUUCUUUAUUUUUUUUCAGUUGUUCUAGAAACUGUAUAUAUGAUUACAUUUUGUUAUUUAUUCUAAUAAUUAACUGUUUUUUAUAUUUCAUAUAUAAAAUUUAUUUUCACGUUCAUAAAUGUCUUAAUUAUUUAAUAUAGGCUGCAAAUAAAUGACCAGUAUUAUAACAGUAAGGAAAUUUCUGCUAGGGAUAAGAAACGUUGAUAUCUAUAGCAUGGUUUUAAUUUAAUCAGUCAUUUAAAUAGAUGUUUUCAUUUUUUACAACAGCAUUUCAAAACAUAUAGGUUACAACUUCUGACAUACUUUUCGUAUUACAGCGGAAUGUAACGCGCUAUAGCUCCCCGUCCAGCUUUUAGUUAAGAUUUUCCUCAACUGAGAUGUCAGGGAAGAACUUUUAUUUCACGCCUGAAAUAUAUAGACAGUUUUUAUCUUGCUUUCAGUGUGUUUAUUGUUGAAGAAUACCAUAAAUAUUUUACUAUCACUUCAUCAAAUUAGUUUGAUUUAGAUAAAUACGUCAUUUGUACACUUCUUAUCAAAAUGUAAAACUAAAUCGUAACAUAGGCAAGAUGGCUAAAUUUGGUUAAUAUUAUGAUUUGUUGUGUUACGUGUAACAUAGACUGUAUUUUACUGUUCACUUAACGAAAUAUAUUUCGAUAAGUAAACGGCCAAAUAUGCUAAAUGUAACUGAUAAAUGUAACACAAUGAUAGAAACAAAUCAGCAUGGAGUACAUCCAAAUCGUUUGCUAGAAAAUAUGCUAUGUCAUUAAGUUAUAUAUCUUGCUAAAAUAAGUUUACAAAUAUGAAACAAACGUUAUGAAAAUCAGGUUUAUAUGUUAAUUAAAAGACUUAUCAGAUCUGUUUCGGUGUAGACAUGUUGAUAACUGUGUAUGUAUAUUAAAGGCGUUUUGUGAAAUUAAACUGUGGCACAUGUAAAAGCGCUGCAUUAAAAAUGUAUUGUACAAUUAUUUUUAUUUAAAUGUGGAAUCUAACAUAUUAUUACAGACAGUUACCAGAA